AUGAGCGGCUGCAAAGAAGCACCGGCGGCAGUGGUUCAGUUUGCCGACUUUGGCUUUUGCCUUGUGUACAGUGCGUGGGAACUGUAUAAGUCUCCCUCUGGCCAACAGUCCGGAUACAUCGAUCUAUCUGUCGUGUCCCAGGACCUCUUAAGCCUCGCUAAUGCCAUCAGAGCUAAGCUCGACGAGAGUCAAGAGUCGGGAGGAGAGGUUUUCGUCCGUCUCUACCGCGAAUGCAAGUCAACCAACAAUGAACUUCAAAGUAUACUUAAAAAGCUCAAGGUUCGAGGCUCCUCCAAGAUUGAGCUGGCCGCGGAUGGUUUGCGGGUCGCCUUCAGACAAGUUGCAGCCGCUGGUGACAUUGAAAAGCUGGCAGAUCGCUUGAGCCAGAUCCGGCAGCAGAUGAACGUGGGUCUUCUGUAUCUCUUGUUGGAUGAAGCCGGUAAGAAUGGCGUAGAGUUGCGCCAGUUUGCAAAGCAACAAGCAGAUAUGAUUGCCACUCUUGAUCGAAUCGACAAUACUACCAAACAGUUCAGUACGGGUAACAUUGACCUCAUCGACAAGUGGCCAGUAAAUCACCAGACGGAGACCGACGAGAUGGUGCGUUAUGUGCUCAGUAAUAAGUGGUGGACAAGCAAAUAUGCAGAGCAAACAGUGUUUGAUAAGAGCCAGGACAUUGAGAAACUCAGAAAAGUGUGUCAGAGUCUGUCUUUUGAGUCCAUAAGCCAUCGAGAGCAAGGUAUUCUUAAACGACAUACGGCAACCUUUGAGUGGAUAUUCCACGAGCCGCAAACAUCGGAAGACGGCAACGUUCUCUGGUCAAAUUUUCCACAAUGGUUGCGGGGGGACUCAUCGGAUAUUUACUGGAUUACUGGUAAACCAGGUGCCGGAAAGUCCACGCUGGCCAAGUUCAUCUCACGAGACUCGAGGUUUGAAGCCUUGCUGCAAGAGUGGGCAGCCGAGUCCCAGCUCUUCAUUAUUCGUUUUCUCUCUUGGACCUCGGGAGCGAACAAACUAGACAAGUCUCAGGAAGGCCUUUUCAGAACACUCAUCUUUGAAGCCAUUCGACAGCGGCCUGAGCUUGCAAUCCUCAUCUUCCCCGCGCGAUGGUUUCUUCUUCAGUCCUUCAAUGGAAACAUCAGCCUGCCAGCCCUGACAAUGGACGAACUGAAGGUUGGCUUUCGGAGCCUACUUUCUGCGACCGGGGACACACUGAAGCUGAUGAUUCUUAUUGACGGCCUAGAUGAGUUUGACCAAGGCCACCAUGAGCAUCACCGCGGUUUAGUUCGCCUCAUCCGCGACGCCAACGCAGAGACUGGGGUGAAGAUUUGCGUGAGCAGUCGGCCAUGGAAUGUCUUUAGGGACGAGUACGGAAGAAACCCAAUGUUGCAGCUCGAGAAUCUGACCCGAGAAGACAUUAAAUCGUUUGUCCAGGACCAGUUUCAGCUCAGCCCGGGCUACCGCGACUUCGCGGACACCAACCAACAGGCAGCUUACAAGAUCAUCACUGACAUUGUGGACAAAUCCCAAGGCGUUUUUCUCUGGGUAUCUGCGAUUUCGGGCUUGUUAGAGACUGCGCUCCAGGAAGGGACCAGCAUCUCAGACUUGCAAGCCACCAUUGAUGAUCUCCCGAGCGAGAUUGCUGACUUAUUCCGCUACUUUUUGCCAAAAGUUAUAUGCACAUAUAACAGAUAA